AUGGGGAACUUCGAGAGGUGCUGUUUGCUGCUCCAACGAAGAGUGGGAGCUGUUCUCGAGCUGGCCCGCACCCAUCUGUUGGGGGUGUACCUGGGAAUGGAGAAGACCCGGGAACAGGGAAUCGCCCGGGAUCUAUUCCACCUCUUUAACCAGGUGGGCAUCCUGAACGAGAUCCCAAGCACCUGGGUCCUCCCAUUCAGUCUCAUCGGAGCCCCACCCAUGUUCCAGCACCUGAUGGAUAAAGUCCUCCGACCCCACCAACAGUGGGCAGCGGCCUAUAUGGAUAUAUGUAGGAUCACUAACCGUCCUGUCCUUCUCAUCCCCUCUCCUCUUCAGGAGAACUACAGCAUCCUGCACAAGAAGAUUAACCACACCUGGGACUUUGUGGUGAUGCAGGCUAGAGAACAGCUCAGGGCCUCUAAGCAGAGAAGGAAGGCUGACCGUAUCGUUCUGGAGUGUCAGGAGCAAGCCUACUGGCUGACUAACAAACCAUGUCCGGGGGCAUUUGACGUGUUGGAUCUGGGACCUGAGAGAUGCAACGUCCUCAGCUCCCGAGUCGCACUGAACGCUGACCACUACAAGAGAGAGAUUGAACACAGUAGAAGAGCUCUGGGGAGAAACCGUGUCAAGUCCUCCAUCUGUCUGGAGAGCUUCAUGAAGUACAGUGAGCAGUACCUCCACCAUGACCCCAUCAUGUCAGGCUGUCUCCCUAGCAACCCCUGGAUCUCUGACGACACCUCACACUGGACCAUCAACACUGACAUGGUGGGCACUCCAACCAGGUUGAGAGUGGAGCGCUGGAGUUUCAGCUUCAUGGAACUUCUGAACGACUCGAUGGGAAGACGAGAGUUUAUGAUCUACCUGGAGAAAGAAUUCAGUGCGGAGAACCUGUGUUUUUGGGUGGCCUGUGAGGACCUGAGGCAUGGAGAGAGCUCCAAGAUCAUCCUGAAAGUAGAGGAGGUUUACAAGAACUUUCUGGCCCCUGGGGCAGCUCGCUGGGUGAACAUCGAUAGUAGGACCAUGGAGAGAACACUGGAGGGAAUCAAACGACCUCAUCGCUUCAUUAUGGACGACGCCCAGAUGCACAUCUACUUCCUCAUGAAGAAGGACUCCUACCCCAGGUAUCUGAAGUCUGAGCUGUAUAAGAACAUGCUGGCCAAAGCCAUCGUUCCCCAGGAGACCAAGAAGAG